AUGAUCUCGCAAUGGGCAGCCGGGACGCGCGACAUCCAGAUGAUCGUGCUGAACUCACAGGAGACGGCGAAGCUGGGCUACGAUUACAGCAUUCCGCACGCCUGGGCCAAAGUCGAUCCGGAACUGGAGAAGAUUCCCAGCAUCCUCUCGGCCGGCCGAACCGAUGUGCACCAAGUCUUCAGCUGGGCCAACUGUUGCCUGAUUCGCAGGGCUCCAUUCAGCGAGGAAGGGCUUUUCAUUUGCAUCGACGGGGCCAACCUCGUGCUCAUUUCCUGUAACUACACCUUUCGCAGAGACCGCACGCAGCACGAUAACACGGUGUACAUGAACGAAGCCAUCGACAUGGGAACGCAGAUGCUGAUGGAGCGGCUGUAUGAUGACAAGAAUGGAGGGGAGCUCCGGCGCGAGGCACUCGUCAAGAACUGGGAAAGCCGCGAACCGCACGGCUCGCUUCCUAUCCACGAGCAAAUCAUUGACCAAAUGCUGUACAGUUGGCCCGCACACGAAUGGCCGUUCACCGACAAGUACUACCGCCCGCACGUGGACCCGAUCUUCAAUGCCUACAAGAAGCUAAGCGACAACCUGCUGAUUUCCGGCGAUUUCCUGCUCAAGAUUGGCGAUUUUGGCACGCUGAAAAUUUUGGAGCCAGCUGAAAAAUAUCCUCCAAUCCCUGUGGGAACCAAGAAUUACAUGGCACCCGAAUAUCUGAACGUCGCAGCAAAUCCGCUAUCUGCCGAGCACUUCUACAAGGCCGACGUCUACGGCGCGGGGGUGGUUCUAUGGGAAAUGAUCACACGGAGUGAGGCUCCUGCGGCUACAGACGAUCGUGUUCUCGCGGUUGGUCAACACGUCCCUGAAGCGCUUCGAGAAGUCUUGUCCCGUUGUCUGGAGAAGGACUUCAAAACUCGUGCCAUCUCCGAAGAAAUUUGCCGUAACAUUGCCGAAUACGGGAAAAUUUCCCGAAGGCAAUUUCGGCCAGUGUCGGACUCCAGCAAAAACUACCUAACCGAUCCGAUCACGGCAUUGGCCCUAAACGAAGCGGGCAAAGAGGAAACAAAAAAUUCUUGGUGUCGUUCCGUAGCUGGUUAUGACGCCCCGGAAGUUGGCCCCGAAAAAUGUCUCGAAUUCGAUGCUUUUCUGCAAAAAGUCAAAGCGAAACCGGACUUUGAUGCAUGGACGAUUAAGAAGCGAUUACUGGUUCCGCUCGACCACUUUGUUAAAUUUCUUGCCAUCCCUCUGGAUGAGGCCAAGGACGAUUGGCGUGAAGAUCCGAAUAUGUUUGAUGCGCAGGAGAAGGAGCCGAUUGAUAUUCAAUACAUUCUACGCGCUCUAACCAAGGAACUGGCACUCCUGAUCCAUGGAAAUCCGACUCCGGAGAGGAGCGCUGAGGAAAAGGAUGAAGCCCAGAAACUUAUCCAAAAUGCGUUAUCCGAGAUGAAGAAGUCGAGAGCAAGAAGGGAAUCGGCAGAAGACCAGGGACGAAUCUCGACACCGCCUGGCGAGAUGCAUCCUGCCGAUAUUGAGACUAUGGCUAAAAUCAGGGGACAUCCGAUGUUUCCAGUUUUAAAGCUCUUCACGGAAAAAGUGGAGUCCGCUACGUACGAGAUGAAGAGCAGCGUUUUCAAGCUGACCGAUGUGGAAGCGCUCUUCGUCGAGCUUGAAGCACAAGGAGCGAGCCCAAGGACCGAAGACCUGGAGCUAGAUCGUCUUGUCUGGGAUGCCAUCUACGUGAUGCGACUCCACCUAGCCGAGCUGGCUAGAGUGGCAAAGCUUGCAGAGGAUUUUAGGGCCAAUUUUUCAGCUUCCCUCAAGAAACGGGUGAAUCACGAAACGUUGAUCGGCGUAAUUAAUGAGAGUGACGAGGAGGCGUCAACGUCGGACGGGGAGUCGAAUUCGAGGUCCUCGCUACGCGACCAUCCAGCCAACACUACUGUAGCCAUGAUGAAUACCCCACACGGAACACUCUCAAUCCCCCUGACACUACCACCGAUAAACCACCACCUAUCAGCAGAUUCUUACAACUUGGGAUCCCCGGCUGGAAAGAGAACCCGCUUUGACUUCGACUCGGUCGUCUCCCACGGGUCUUCUGGAUUUAUGGAACGUCUUGGAUCCUCACGGGAUUUG